CGAGGGACGAGCCCAGGAGGCACACCCUCGGCGGCGAUCAUCAGCCAUCCCUUCAUCAUCAGCAGUUCAACGCGCAGCAGCUGCACCCCCUGCAUCCACAUCAUUUGCCGCCACCACACGGCCAGUACGGCACUCCACCCUCACGACACACCACUAUGGAUCUCGAGACGGGGUUUUAUCUUAAGAUGGGGACCAAGUCUCGCCAGAGAAAGUCGCCUCUUCCGCGCGGAUAUCCGCCCCCAUCUUCGACGAUGCUUUUCGAUGACGACCCGGGCAUCAUGUCCGAGGUGGAGACCUCGAGCACGGGAUUUCGUCGAGGCGGCAAGCAACGGAGCAGCUUGCCCGUCGUACGAACGCCCAGCAAGACUUUGGAGCGACCAUUAGGACUGGUAUUCCUGCAGUACAGGAACGAAACGAAGAGAGCUUUGCUGCCGAACGAGAUUACCAGUAUAGACACUGUCAAGGCUCUCUUCGUUAGAAGCUUUCCGAAACAACUCACCAUGGAAUACCUGGAUAGUCCUCACGUAAAAGUCUACAUACACGACAGUAACAAAGACAUGUUCUACGAACUCGAGGAUUUAAGGUCACACUUAAGAGACAUUCGGGAUCGCAGUGUCCUGAGACUUUUCGAAAGCGCCGACGGAGUGACAGGGAUGCCAGGGCCAUUGGGAGUGCCAGGAGGUGGCGGUGGUUUGCCGCCUCACUGGGAAGAUCAGAGCUACUUCAGCGAGCCGGAAUUCGACAGCGAAUAUCAGCAUCAGCACAUUCACAAGAGCAAGACGGCCAAGAAUUCGACGUCGGGCAGCGGAUAUUACGUGGGCGGAAGCAGCACCUUGCCGCGCGGUGGGCCGCUCCUAAGGGCGUACAGUCCCGCGGCGUCGAGCGUCGUCGGGGGGCCGAACGCGACGCCGACGCAGCCCAAAACCCUCACUACGCCGGAUGGUUGGAUAGGUGGUGGCGGGGUGCCGCCGGCCAAGCCGCUUCGCAGCUACCAGUGCGGUGGUAAGAGUCCCCUUGGAAGCCUCGGGGGCUCGGCGCGCUUCUCUAGAGACAGCUCGGUCUCCCUCUAUAGUAUACCAGAUCGGCUGCACGGCGAGAGCGGAUACAUGAGCAGUCCGGAGCGUGGAGGUGGCGUCGGUUCCGGAAGCGGAAGAUAUCCGCCUGGACCCUAUAGCGCCGGCAGCAGCUACGAAGAUCCGUAUUACUCGCAAUAUUCGGGAACUGUUACACCCGCUAUCGACGAAGAAGCCAGGAUAAGGGUGGAGCACAUGGAGAGACAACUGGCAAAUUUGACCGGACUCGUUCAGAAGGCCCUGACACACGCUCCGCACACCAGCCCGUCGCCGCGCGAAUACUUGCAGGUCCCACCAGGACGAGAUCCUUACGCGAGAGCCGCAGGCGCCGGGGACGAGUUCGACAAACACUCUAGCUCCAGCUCUGCCUCACUGCCAGUGUCUCAACCUGCCGUUACAGAUGACUCGUACUUAAGGACUGACGUUAAACCACCAAAAUUAGGCAAAGACAAGUCGGUGUCGUUUGAAAAGUCAGUGUCCUUCAGUGACGAGCCACCAGACAUGAACUCCCCCAAACAGCAUUCCCCGCAACAUACAGCGGACACAAAACCUACGAAACCGGCAAUCAAAUCCUCCACGUUGCCGAGGAUGUCGUCGCAAGAGCGAGACAGGCACAAACCGACACCACCGCCGAAACCGGCCGCGCUGGUGGCCGGCCAGUACGUGUACAGGGACUUGGCGCUCACACCGGAGAUGUACAAUCAGCUGAGGGGACUUCAGAAGAAGGCGAAGGAUCUCAGACAGGAAGUGAGAAAUCUGAGACGCAUGUCGCAAGCGCAGGCUCACUCGGUGCGCGAAACCAUCUGGGACACAUUCAUCACGAUCAGAGCGAUGCUCAAGUCGGGAGGAGACGCAGUUUGGACGGCCGGGGACGCGGAGAGAAAUCGACUGAGCCGCGAGGAGGACCUCUACAAGCAGGAGAUGUUAAGGCUGGAAAAAGAUCUCACCGAGCUGGAGAGCAACGUGGAGGAGCUUCGCGGCAACGUGAUCAAUAGAAAGACGCGUGUCAAUAUGUCGGAUGUGGAGAACAUGGCUUUGAUAUUGAGUAAAUCCAGCAAAACUGUGGCCGACCUGAAAGUACGUUUCCCGAGUUUGCAAGAGGGCAUGAAGGGCUUUUUGAGCUCCGAGAUGGAGAAAGUGGUGCGCGAGGAAAAGUUCCUCAAGGAAGAACCCGAACGACUAGAAUCUGCGUUGAAACGUUGCAAGAAACUGACCGGCACACUCGUAACGCUCAAACGCUUGGCGUCGGUGCAAGAGCAGCGAUUACCAAACGCAACGAGCGUAGAUGCCGAGGACACGCCACCGAUAACACCGACGACGGCACAGCAUUCCAAGGCAGCUGCCCCUGUGCCAGCGGAACGCACUGUCGUGGGGUCAGCGAGCGUCCUCGGGGGAGGGGGCCACCCUCACGAGCCAUCCGCCGACCAUCAGCAGCGUCCGGAGAACGCACUCGACGCUCUGCUAGACGAGCUGCAGACUUUCUCACGACCGGGCUCGCAGAUGGGUCACCACCACGUGUCCGGCGGCCUGUCAGUGCACCCGGGCUCUAACGCGCUCCUGGCCGAUGUGGGUCGCGCUUCCAGCCUUCGAGAGACUACGGGCGUUCCUGCAGCGACCACUACUGGCGGUGUCCACGGUCGCGCACCUAAUAUCAGCGACAUUGGCCGGAAGGGCAGCGUCGAUUCAUCGAGCGGUGCUCUUACCGCGCCUCCACCUUCUGCCGGGUUAAUGGGUCUACCUGGUAUGGUACCGGGCGCCAGUGGAACUCUUCGUCGUCUACAUUCAUACCCCUCGAGUUCGGACACCGACACUUCACCACCUAUUGCUAGGCUGCAAGCAUUGUCACUGCAGGAUCAUCAGCAGCAGCCAACGAUGCAGCAGCAAGCGGCGCAACAACAACCGGGCCUGCCAGGACUGCCGCAGGGCUUUCUGCCUGGACAGAAGCCACCGGUGCCGGAGCGGAACGCUGAGCUGUUGCAGCUGGCCAGCGCCAGAAGAGUACCGCCGCCACCGCCGCCGCGCACCAGCUCCCGAUCGCCCCUGGCAAGUCCGACCAGCCCGCAGCUGCCGCCCAGAAAUCAUCCGUGCAGCCUGCAAAGCGGCAAUGCGACUCUGCGCCGCGCAACAUCUCGCGGCAGCGGAAACCUUAUUGGCAAGGAGGGUAAACCACCGAUGGCUUUGCCGCCGGACGCCACGGCCAUAUUGUCUACCGUGGAUCAAAUUGGAGACAAAUCGGUGCCGAUCUCAUCGUCGGCACCGACAUCGGGCGUCGUCGUGUCUCACAAUUCGUCGUCCUCGCAGUCCUCCGCGAUGUUGUCGACCAGCAACUCGAGCUCGUGCGAAAGCGUUAACUCGCAAGAAGGGCUGCAGAGCAAACGGGGCCGGCAGGAGCAAUUGGAGCAGCGUCAUCAGGAAUUGUUGCGUAAGCAGAAAGCGUUGCAAGAGCAAUACGCUCGACUGCAGCAAUUGCAGAGAAACACCGCGGGUCUCACCACCGUGCCGCCGGCGCCGCCCGAUCUGCUCAAAAAAACCGGUUCCGAGAGCAACCUUCUGGCGAAAAUGGGUCUCGGCCUGAGCACCGCUAGUUCCGGAUCCCUCACCAGUCUCAGCAUUAAACCGCCGCAGCAGAUCCCGCAGGAUGUCACUUCCGGCGACGCAAACAAUCAACUAACCGCCAACAAGAUUGAGAUCGCUAACGGACAAACGAACCUGACAACCUCCGCGGUGACCUCCACGGUGACGACGUCGACAACGACGAAUAGCAGCAAUCAUAUAUCCAGCACUUCCAUGACAGUCGUGUCGAGCUCAACGACCACCGGAUCCGCCACGACUGUCACCACGUCCACCACGACCACAAGCAAGGUCUACGAGACAGACAUUCUGUGACCGAGAAGCCGCUCGCUGAUCAAUUGCUCGACCGUCAAGGUCACUGAAAUCGCGCUGGCGAGUUAACACGGCCGUGGACCGGCGAGAUCGCGAGGCUGCUGCUAACCAGAUGCCCUCGAUUUUCAUGCAAUACAGUCGUGGAAGAGAUUGUUGAUAAAAUGAGUCAAACAAGGAAAGAAACGAAAAGAAGAAACAAUGGAAUGAUGGACACGAAAGACGGAUGGAAAAGACUCAGGAUACUGAAAUGACAAAUCGCCACAUUCAUAAUAAGGAGACCAAAUAGCUGGUAAAGACAACGGAAGUAUGAAGACGAAGCUCGAGCUAUAAAAGCGCGAAGAAUCAGAUAGAGGGAAAAGAAGAAUAUGAAAAGACUAAGAAAACGAAGAAGACUACUCCCGAUUUUUGAGCUCUCUAAACGCUCCAUCGCAAAAGAAAUCCUCAUGACAGACAAAAAUGGAAAGUAGAAUAGGAAUUUAGACGCGCGAGAACACGCGCGAUAAUCGCCAGUAAUCACAGGGCAGUAAUCAUUACGGUUAACGAUAGCAUUAAUAAUCGUAACAAAACAACGGCGCGAAAUCUUUGCGAACGUCCAAAAAAAAAAAAAAAAAAAGAAAAAGACGGGAAUGAUAAAGAUAAAAAACCGAAAACGAGUACGCGAAUCUCGACGUUGCGGUUCAUUGUACUUUGCAAUCACGCGAUAAUAUUCGAUGCGCUCUGCAAGGCAGGCAGGUUACAUCCGGUUGCUGUUGCACCGACGACGCGCACCGGAACGCGUCUUGCCGUUGAUUUUCUCGAUUUCUUCCUUCGUUCAUGAUCAGAGAAAAAUGUAAAAUUCUCAAAAUAUCUCCCCGAAGAGAUCGAAUCGCAUCCUGUAUCACGUAAAAAGAAGCUUUGCGCAAUUCUCGAACAGAGCCUUGGUCUAUCACGGCGUAUUCUUCGCAACGUUUGUGCCAAAUGCAAGAAGAAGAAGAAGAAGAAACAUGACACAUUUUUUAAAUUACACAUUAUACACGGCCUCGCGCGCAUAAUUCGGCGACGGCCGUUUGUUUGUCACCCGUAAACCCAGCCGGCUAUUCGUUCUUUCUUCGUCGUAUAGUAGCGCGAGCGUAAACACCGCCAAGAUUCUACCGUAGAUGAUCAUCGUAUAAAUAUUAUACAUAUACAAACGUAUUAUACAUAUAAAUAUAUACAUAUAUUAUAUACAUGUACGCGCGAGUCGAGAUUUAUAUAAAUAUAUAUAUACGUAUGAGAGAAUGGAAACAAGGUAGCUAACUAAGGUACCAUAUAUGAAGAUAUACGAGAUAUACUGCAGUCGUUUACUUACAUACACACACACACAUACACACAUUCGCAAAAAUUCUAUAUACGUACACGCGACGGUUAAAUGUCGCGCGCGCGAGCGUCGAAAAAACUUUUCUCGGUCGGCGAAAUCAUAUGAGAUACAAGCGUUUCGUUACAUACACAAUAUUACGUGUUCUAACGUGCGCCCAUACAGCGGAGACACGGAGACACUUUUUUUGUCGCGCUUUAAUAAGACGAUUAAAAUCAACUGCUACGUGUAUAUACACACAUGCAAAAAAAUAAAAAAAAAAAAAUAAAAACAUCCAGCCGCCAUAUAUGCAUAUACAUAUAUUAUACAUACAGGAUGCGUAGCGAUAGGCGAUCGACGUGAUUAUUCUCGUUACUGGUGAGAGCUUACGGGCGGCAUUGUACGACAAACGAGAUUCAAAAGCGGAAGCGAAGAAACCGGCACGAUUGUACAAGGCGCACGACAGGAUCUCGACUCGAGAGAUCCAAGAAUCCAUGGAAAGAACAGGAUGCAAAGAAAAAAAAAGAUCAUUCUUUUUAGUGUAACAUCUGCUAAUAUACCGAUGAUAUAAUUGAUAUUUACUGAUAAGUGCGGCGCCGAAUAUUUAUGAAAGUACAUUUGUGUGCGCGCGUGAAUGCGUGGUCAAGUUGCACCGACAAUUCGAAUUGAUGUGUAAUCGCACUGUAAUAAACUAUCUUUUUUACAUUACAAUAAUCUACACUUAUAUAUACAUACAACAGAAGACUUCACGUAAAAACAAACUUGAGGUUGAAUGAUCAGUUUGUACAAUUUACGAGAUUAAGAUUAUAGAGAACUUUGUAUCUUGACUUACAAAUUUUGCAAGAGAAAAUUUUGCUCUCACGAACUUUUGAAUAUUUUUCAAAACCUGCAAAAUGGAAAUAUCAGGAAAUAUCUAUUGUUAAUUCAUGUCGGUGUAACUGGAUCGUCUUUCUCUACCCUAAUGUAGAUCCGAGUCGAGAGACACGGCAAGACGCGCGAAGGAACCUGUCGGCGAGUUUUUUCCGACGGCCAAAGGUGUGCGUUAGAAAAGAAUAUAUUGCUCAAAUAUCUACCAACCCAAAACGCGCAAAAGCUCUAUUUGCCACAUUUCGCAAUUGACGCCGUGCAGCGUGCAUCCCGUGUUGGAUUAUUUGGACGAUAGUGAUUAAUUAGCUAAUUAUCACUUUUGCGACGGCUCCGUCGUCAUCGGGACGACGAUUGGUUUUCAUCGUUGUUUCAUUGUGUCGAGUCGUCAUGCUUCAUCGUUGAUUCAUUGUCACAGGCGAAAGGUCGGAUAUUUACGAUUGAUGUGACGAAGCGACGAUUCACGAUUCACAUCGAUGAUCGAUCUUUGAUCGCUUCGCGCAACACUUGGAUCAGUUUUCGCGGACGUGAUCGCCAAUUUGCACUAUUUUAUCUCAGCUUAUUGCACGAAGAGCGAGCUCGUCGUUGCGCUUUUCCAGACAACACACAGAUAUCGCGGAAUAAAUCUGACCUGUCUCUUAAAACCAGCAAUCAAUCUCUUAAAUGUCUAACAAUAAGCGAAAAACACGAAAAUGAUCGAAAAAAAUCAUGCUAUUUAAAACGUCUCUGUUGGACUGUUUGUGUUGUUUGGAUCACCAGCGCCCGCGACGCAGUCGCGAUACUUUGCUUCGAAGGGCCUAACAAGCUGACAUUCGCGUAUGUGCGUAUUUAUUUUGUACGCUUUUACCCUUUUAAUUAGCUCGAUCGUGUACAGAUCGGUUCGACGAGGCUUUCGUACCUUAACCCUCGGAUGCGUUCGUGUAAGAUUGCAUUUGCUCGCCGCGAGAAUGAACUCUGAGAUCGCGAGACGCGUAUUUGUCAGCGUCGGGUCGAAUUAUUGUUUCCGCUUUCAAGCGCGAAUGGCGUGCGUUGCCGAUUGUUAAUUAAAACGUUAAGAUACAAAGAUUCGCUAGAUAAUUAAAAAAAAACUUUAAAUGUGAAAACGAUGUUAAAAAAAUUACGAUCUUCUAGAUUUAAUUGUGAAAAUCGUAGAUUUGAAAAAAAAAACUUCGUUUCGCGUUACGUUAGUUAGUAAUUGGAGAAGAAUUAUUGAAAAUUGUUACUAGAAAAUUGUUAGAAAUAAAUUAUGCAUGCUGCAAUGUUGUCGCGAGAUCGUGAAUUGAUUAUAAAUUGUAUCGACGUAAUAUGAAAAUGAUAAAGAGAAUAAGAUUUAAUAGUAUAUUUUACCAUUGAACUUUUUAAUCUUAUAAUUUAUUAGGAAAAGUAGAAAUAUAUAUAUUAUAUAUUAUAGUAUGAAUAAAACGCGACAAAUUAUAUAAUUAAUUUUACUUGCGAACGAUCAUUUAUUUGCCAAUCGUAGAAGAUUGACAUCGAUUGUUAGUCGAAAUCGUCGGCGUUGAAUUGAUCGCAUCCGGGGGUUAAAACACACACGCGGUGGAGAAAUGCAUUAUUUUUAUUUAUUUUUCAUUAUAUUGUCACAAUCCGAAGCACAUCAAUAGGAGAAGUUAAUCAUUUACUUACGGUGUGUAAAAGUGUGUUGUAUUACGAAUAAGGCGAAUGAUACUGAUCGAUAACGAACAUUACGAUUUGCGAGUGCUUAUAUCAAAUAUUAAACGAUAUAACGAGAUCUCUCUAACAGAAAGAAGAAAGAAAUGCGAAGGACUUCUCUCUCAUUUUCUUCUUUUUUGUUUUCACGUACGUCUUUGUAUAUUGUUCCACAAAUUGUGUAAGUACUUAUACUGCUGUCGCCCACAACCACACCGAUAUAUGUUGCAUUUGUAUAGAAGCUACUUUUCAGCAGUGCAUUUUCGUUCGCGGCGCGAUACUCGGUAGAGCUUGUUAUUUGUUACCGCGAAUAUGUUUUACUCGCUAAAUAUACACCUAUUCAUCUUUCCUUCCCUUUUCCUUCCUUCAUUCCUCUCCUCGUCAUCCUCUAAUCGUAAUGAAUGAAAAAAACGAAGCGUUUCGGACAGGGGCGCGCCCGUCGAUUCGCGCGAAACAAUGCGCGCGAUCGCCAUUCGGUCGAUUCCUUGCGUUCACUCUAUCUCCGUUCUCUCCGUAUAAAAGCGAUUUAGCGAAAAAAAAAAAAAAUCAUUAGUGUAAUGUUUUCUGACGAUCCUGUACGCCAAAUCGAAUUGACUUGUUACAUUUGUAAAUGUUUGUAAGUACUACCGUACGUAAUAAAAUAAUCGAGUAAUAAUCAUCGAA